GAAACUAGUGUUCUAGAAGAAAAGGCCACAGCCUGUAACAUGUUUUGCUGUUAUGCUGAUGAGUUGAAGGAAGGAUUCUUUCCAUGGAUUGAUCAGGUUGCAGGAAAUUUAGUUCCACUUUUUAAAUUUUACUUCCAUGAGGAGGUUAGAAAAGUAGCCGUUUCAACAAUGCCGGAGCUAUUACGUUCUGCAAAGUUGGCUAUUGAGAAAGGGCAAUCUCAAGGUCGGGAUGCAUCCUAUUUGAAGUUUUUGAGUGACAGUAUCAUCCCCAGCUCUGGUGGACGCUUUACAUAAGGUAUUCCGUAUACA